AUGGAGGCCAAAAACGAAGAUAGUAUGUACACAAGGUUAGAAGGAGGAGACUUGGAAGAAACAAAAACUGUUGAGAGGAGAUUUAAACGAUUCGAUAUCAUCGCCACAACUGGUACUGAUUAUCAUGAUUCUAUUAGUGAUGAUAUAUAUUUCUCAUCACCACCACCUGCUUAUGAUCAAACACUACAACUCAACCCAGGAGAAGCUGAUACCAUAAUGAAAGAGUGGAAGACACUUCAAGAGCACCUUCCAGAUACGAUCUUCGUUAGGACUUACGAGAACAGAAUCGAUCUCCUAACCGCUGUAAUCAUAGGACCAACAGGUACUCCGUAUCAUAAAGGUUUGUUCUUUUUUGAUAUUCAAAUCACUUCUGGUUACCCUUAUAAAUUUCCAAGACUUCGUCGUCGGGUAUUGACGGGUUUGAAGUUAAACCCUAGUUUGAACCCAGGUCAAGGGAUUUGUUGGAGGGAAUUUAGAAGCGAACCUUAUAGCAUAUUAAAAAUAUUACUCUCCAUCCAAGCAAAUCUUAUUUGUUCAGAACCCAAACCACAUUAUACUGUUGCCCAAUCUAACUACGUUUUACCCACUUUUUGGGGAUAUUGGUCGGAAAAGGAGCAUUUAACUUUUAACGAAGAUAUAUUUAUGUUAAAUUGUCAAACAAUGUUGGCUAUUCUCCGUGAUCCACCUAAGUAUUUUGAAGAAAUUGUUAUUCAUCAUUUUCAUGGUAAUGCAGAAAGCAUAUUAUUUGCUUGCAAACUUUAUAUCGGCCACAUUCCAUCUAAGGUAGAUGAAAAAAUCAACAAUGAUGAACAUCGCAUACAAAUUGUACCGAUCAUAGAGCUGGAACAAUACAAAAAAUCCAUGAAGAGUAUAUAUGCCAAGCUCUUAAAGGCAUUCAUAAAGAAUGGAUCAAAAUAUUCUUUGGAGAAUCACAUCAUGGUCGGAAAUAUUAGCACAGAGGACAUUGAAGAUGAUGCUGAUGAUAAUGAUAAUAGGAGGAAUGGUAAAUUGGUUUUCUGGGGCUUGUCAAAAGGCGAAUGGUUAUUUGUAGGAUGUCAUUUAAUUGUUAUAGCCUUCAUGUGCGUAAUCUAA